ACCUUUAAAUACACGCAGGCUCUUAUUUCUUAAGCCCUCCUCGGCGGCGAUUACCUUAAGACCCAACUGAAGAAGGGUUAUAAUGGCUCCUAAACAGCCAAACACGGGUCUCUUUGUGGGGUUAAACAAAGGGCAUAUAGUUACGAAGAAAGAGUUGGCUCCAAGACCAUCUGAUAGGAAAGGAAAAAGCACGAAAAGGGUUCAAUUUGUUAGGUCUUUGAUAAGAGAAGUUGCUGGUUUUGCUCCUUAUGAGAAGAGAAUAACUGAACUUCUCAAAGUUGGAAAGGACAAAAGGGCUCUGAAAGUGGCUAAGAGAAAGUUGGGUACUCACAAGAGGGCCAAGAGGAAGCGUGAGGAGAUGUCUAGUGUUCUUCGCAAGAUGAGAUCUGCUGGAGGUGCUGAAAAGAAGAAGUGAAGUUGAAGUGUUUUGUUUUGUUUCUUGCAUCUUAAUGUGUUUGUUUUUGAAGAUUUUGGGAAUUUUUUAUUGACUUUGAUGAUGUGCAAAGAUGAUUAAUUCUAAAAGGGUUGUUUCUUAUU